AUGGCCAUUGGGAGACCGUGUUCAGCUGUUUCAGAGAUCGUUGUCCAGUUGUCUGCAUCGGACAAUAUCAUAAUGAAGAGAGUGUCUCUCUGCUGUAAAUGCAUGAUCUGGAAUGCGAGGCUCCGAUACAUUCUUCAUAAGGCACCGGUCACGCGCGGCGACGUUGCCGCCCCCGGACCCCCGGACAGACACGCUGGCCGCGUGAUUGGUCCGUACCGAACGCUCAGGGCGCUCAUAAAUCAAGUCACUAAGUACCUCAAGUGGCCCUUGGAGAAACUCUUCAGAGAUCUGCGCGAUCUGCAACCCCCGACGCUAGCGGAUUCGGAGAAUGGAAAUCUGGUCUGCGAUUCAAUGACGAGGAUUAUACGACCAGGUUGGGCACGGAACACCAACGGGAAAUGGCUCGUCGUAAUUAACACACCGUAUCACAUCCAGACUGUCACAGAAAUCAAGUGCCGGGACGAGGAAUCCGCUUGUGCGUACAUCGCGCCCUGCUUCCAUAGCUCCUGUCAGCAGCGGUACAACAUUCAAUCUCUCUUGGUUAUAGACCCCAACAAUCACUACAAGGGACCGUUCUUGUCGCAGUUUUUGUUUCCGUCGAGUUGCGUCUGCUUCGUCCCGGACCCCAAUCUUGUCUUGCAAGCUCAAUGUCGAGCGGCUCCGAAAUACGGAUCGUAG